UCUUCGCUAUCGAGAUAAAGUAAAAGCAAAACCGUUUACUUCGGUUAUGUUUGGAUAUCUGUUGUCAUCAAUCUACAAUUUUGAGGUUAAAAAGUGAAUGAAAUUCUUCUUAUACACUCUCUUUCUCAUGAACAUUUUAUGAGUAUAUAUUCACACUUUGGCUCUAAGCUAUUCCUGGUAAUUUUUAAAGGCAUCUUCCUUUCUUUUUCUGUGUGUCUCCCCCACAAUAGUCAUUUGUAAACACCAAAAUAAUGGCCAACAUUUCUGGCUUCAGACAAACCUCUACUAAGAUGUCUAAACAGCACUUCAAAGUGUGCUUUUGUUUCAACAGAAUGUUCAGGCUUAAUGUGGCUGAAGCUCCAGAGGAAAUAAAAAACAUCUUUGAUAUGUAUUCAUACAAUGGCCACAUGAGCAUGGAAGGCCUGUACAACUUUUUAGUUCAAAUUCAAGGAGAAAAGAGUGGUGAUGCCACCAUGAAACAUGCUCAAGACAUUUUUGACAGCCUCAAGCAUCUCCACAUAUUUCAAAGGAAAGUCCUUCAAUUUGAGGCCUUCUUCCGUUAUCUCCUUAGUGACCGUAAUGGGCCACUUACUGAGGUGCACCAUGACAUGAAUUUUCCGUUAGCUCAUUAUUUCUUGUACACAGGCCACAACUCCUACUUAACUGGAAACCAAUUCAGCAGUAAAAGCAGCACUAGCCCAAUAAUAAAGGCACUGAAGAAAGGGGUUAGAGUCAUUGAGUUGGAUUUAUGGCCAAAUUCUAAAGGAGAUGGUGUAGAAGUUCGCCAUGGAGGGACUAUGACUUCUUCAGUAAAACUCAAAGACUGUUUGUUUGCCAUUAAGGACCAUGCAUUUCAUGCCUCUCCAUAUCCUGUCAUCAUAACUUUUGAAGACCAUAUAACACCCUAUCUUCAAGCCAAAGUGGCCAAGAUGGUUGAUCAUAUAUUUAGAGGCAUGUUGUUUCGCCCUGAUUCACAAUUGAAGGAAUUCCCUUCCCCGGAAUCAUUGAAGGGAAAAUUUUUGAUUUCAACUAAACCACCAGAGUCUCCUGAAAAUCAAAUCCAAAAGGUACAAGAGGAAGAAGGAGAGAGGCUUGAUGACAGAGAUGAUAGAAUUGGAGCUAAUCAUAAGGAUGAAUCAGAUAACCCGAGUGAGGAUGAUGAUCCUCUUGGAUAUAAGAACAUAAUUUCUGUUCAUGCAGGGAAGCCAAAAGGUAAGGUAGAAAAUUGGCUGAUGAAUCAUGACCAAGUUCGGCGUCUUAGCUUGAGUGAACAAAUGCUUGAAGAUAUCACCAAAACUUGUGCAACAGAUAUUGUGAGAUUCACCCAAAGGAAUUUGCUUAGAAUAUAUCCAAAGGGUGCACGCCUGGACUCCUCCAAUUAUGAUCCCAUGACUGGAUGGAUGCAUGGAGCUCAAAUGGUAGCAUUUAAUAUGCAGGGACAUGGGCAUUACCUAAGGUACAUGGAAGGAAUGUUCAGAGCCAAUAACGGCUAUGGCUAUGUUAAGAAACCAGACAUCUUGUUGAAUGUUGGUCCCAAUAAUGAGGUUUAUGAUCCUAGAGUAAUCAGACCAGUUCGGAAAAAUCUGCAGGUUUUGGUAUACAUGGGUGAUGGGUGGCAUUCAGAUUUCCACCAAACACACUUUGAUUUUUAUUCUCCACCCGACUUCCAAGUAAAGAUUAGCAUUCAUGGAGUCCCAGCUGAUAAAUAUACCAAAACAACAAGGAUAGUUCAAAACGAGUGGGUACCAGUUUGGAAUGAGGAGUUCAAUUUUCCAUUAACUUUUCCGGAACUUGCCCUCUUAUACAUCAAAGUCAUUGAGUGUGACAUAUCUGGCCAACAUGAUUUUGCUGGACAAACAUGUUUACCCGUGUUUGAGCUUAAAGAAGGUAUUCAUGCAGUUCGCUUAUGUGACCGCAAGGGUGAAGUUUACAAGUCUGCAAGGCUGCUAAUCCAUUUUCGGUUUAGCGAUUAUGGUGCAAAUGAUAUUCAUUCUGAUAUUAUAUGAUUUAGCGAUCUAUUAAAUUGUCUCUUAUAAUAUUCUUUUUAACUUAUAAUAAUAUACUUCUAAAGUACAAAUAUUAACAAAUA